GAGUCAGUGGUGAAGCAAACGUCUGUGCAAUUAUAACGUGUGCUCCGUUCCGUGUGAAGUGAUUUUUGAAAUUUCGAUUGAAUGCGCGCGUGAAUAUUCAACGAUUUUAAUGGAAAAGUGUGCAUUUAUCAUAUCAAACGAAAGGAAAUAUUUGAUUCCACAAGAAAAAAAUCGUGAUUCUGUGCAAAUGUUCAAUUGGUAAUGUUAAUUUUUUUUCACCUGCCAGCAAUUCAACGUGAAUAUAACUGAUUUUUGGAUGAAUUUGGAUUAUUUUGGAACAAGAGAUAUGCUACAUUUUUUUGUGAAACAGUGAAACUAAGAUCCGAUUUGUGGUGUAAGGUGCUAACAUUGAAAGUGCGAAGAAAGAAAAUUAAAAUAGUUGCAGUCAAUCUGACAUUGGAACUAAUAAGUUUGAACAAACAGAGUGGGAAUUUCUAUCAAAAGAGUGAAACAUAUUUAUGUAUGUAGUAAACAAUGGCACAAGUGAAAAUUUGAAGCGAACAUCGAUCGAAUUGGUAAAAGCAUUUCAGUUUGAAAGCAAAUGAAAUGGGCGUUUAAAAUGUGAUGCAAACAAUAAAACUACAAACAAAUCGCCCACGGUAUUGCCUAGAAGAUUCGACUACAAUGCGAGAAACAAUCAAAUGAGGCAGCCAAUCAUAAAAUGGAUAACGUUGUUCGUCGUCCGUUAGUAGCAAACAAACAGUGGUUUAAAUGCGUGAUUGAAAGCCAUAUGAAUUGCAACAUACACGUGACGAAUUGAAAUAUGCCAAUAACGAGAAAAUGGCAGAGCAAUAAAAAUUCAAUAGCGGGCUAUGAAUCAAACAUGAAAACAAAAUGGUAAAAGUCAUUGAAUCCAAUUUGUGUGGAGUUAAAAUAAAAGGAGAAAGAGAGAGAAAGCGAGCGACAAAGAGCGGGGCAUACAUCAAAUCAGCAAAUGAAUAAUUGAUUUAGAACAAAUUAAAAGUUGAAAUUUCACAGAGAACUAGCGAAAAAGGGAUAUAGAGAGAGAGAGAGUGAGUGAAAGGAUUGAAAUCAUGAACUGCUGCACAAAAAGUGUUUGUGCAUUUUUAAUCGGACGUGAGUCACACGAUUCACCGAUUAGUUGCCGAGAAAUUAUUGGCACAAUCAUAACGAAGCAAUAAAUGGCAUCGUUUGCAUUGCAUGCAUUAAACAUAUCAAUCAGUGAGUGAAAUUAGUGUGCAUAAUCAAUAUAAGUUUUACGUGCAACGGGUAAAUCCAGUGUCUGCGGCUGGUUGUGUGUGUGUAGUAUGUGAGAAUUGUGUCGAUGCAAGUGAGUAUGUCAUUUGUCGUGGCCAUGCACGUCUUUAAUAUAACGAACCCAUUCACACAAAUCAUAGACGAAUGAAUCAAUAACGAAUGAGCAAAUAUAACCGAGUAUCGAGUGAACGGCAAAGUGUGUGUGCAAGUGAAUAAAACUAGUGAUUUUUCGAUCAAAUAGAAUUUUUAAUUGUACGAGCAUGUGGAUUACAGACGAGCCGUCGAUAGAAGCGAAAACUUUUCCACUUUAAAUCAAUUAUUGAACAACGAAUACAUCGAAACGAAAGCAACAACAGUAUUUGAAAACGACCAGAACCGGUUCCAUCACAUUUCAUCGACAUGGAUUUGUUCAUUUCAUUUGGCGUUAUCGUUUUGUACAGUUUUGCCACACAACUCUCGUUGAGUACGGCCGAUGGAUAUAAGCCUGAUGGCUUAACUCAACGUGCAUUCGAAAAUACAGCUGCUCAUAUAAAAUGUAAUGUUUCAACACAUUUGCCCAACGAUCAAGCGCUAUUAGUCGUUUGGUAUAAAAAUAAUCUUCCAAUUUACAGCUAUGAUACACGUACUUCGUUGGUGCCAUCACAUUGGACCGAUACAAAUAUUAUGGGAAACAGGACAAUUUUUCGAGCCGGUCGACGUGAACCAGCGGAAUUAAUAAUAAAACAAGUUAAGGCUGAAGAUACGGGAGACUUUCGAUGUAGAGUAGAUUUUAAGUUAUCACCGACGAGAAACAGCGUUGUAAACUUAGAAGUUGUAGUGCCACCACAAAAGCCAAAAAUUCUGAACGAACGUGGUGAAAUGAUUCAAUCGUUGGCUGGUCCGUACGACGAAGGAAGUGAUAUGGUAUUGUUGUGUGAAGUACGUGGCGGUUCACCACCGCCCAAAAUUCAAUGGUUGUGGAAUGGAAAACCGCUCGAUAGCACGAUGUUGGAUUUUUCCUUUGCAUCAACGCAAACGAGUAAAUUAGUCAUAAAAAAUGUGUCACGCAUGCACCAACACUCAAUCAUAACAUGUCGAGCUAGCAAUUUUCCAAAAACCGAAACAACGACUAAUGUUACCAUUGAUUUGCUAUUGCGGCCAUUGUCGGUGGAUAUUUUAUUGAAUAAUCAGCCAUUGUCAGCCGAACGGACAUAUGACAUCGAAUGCCAGGCAAUUGGCUCGAAACCAUCAGCCAAAAUUACAUGGUGGAUGAAUGGUGUUCAGUUGCGUAGCUUCCGAGAAAAGGCAUCGGAUAAUGGCAAUGUAAGCGUAUCGAUUUUAAGCUUCACACCAACGCGUGAGGAUAAUGGCAAAGUACUCAUUUGCCGUGCCAUUAACGAAGUGAUGAAACAUAGUAUUAAAGAAACCACACUGAAACUGAAUAUUUAUUUUUUGCCCAUAAUCCGGUUAUCGCUUGGCUCAAAUUUGAAUCCCGAUGAUAUCGAAGAAGGCGAUGACGUCUACUGGGAAUGCAAAGUUCAUGCCAAUCCUCCUGCGUACAAAGUGGUUUGGAAACAUAAUAAUCAAAUUGUUCAACACAAUCCGAAGGUUGGUGUGAUAGCGAGCAGCAAUGAUUUGGCGCUACAGAGUGUGCAGAUUCAUCAAGCUGGCAACUAUACAUGCAUUGCAUCAAAUGUCGAGGGAGAUGGUGAAAGUAAUACGCUUGAGCUGAAAGUGAUGUACCGGCCGUUGUGUCGAAGUGACCAGAAACGGAUAUAUGGAGUGGCACGAAAUGAACAGGCAAGAAUCUUGUGUGAAGUGGAUGCAUAUCCACCGCCAACCGCCUUCAAGUGGUCAUUUAACAAUACGGCCGAAACCAUUGAUAUGCCACAAAAUGGAUUUGAAAAACAUUCGAAAUCCUCUUCUCGUUUGGCCUAUACACCAGUCAAGGAAAUGGAUUACGGUACGUUGAUGUGUUGGGCGGAUAAUGCUGUUGGUCAACAGAAAGAACCGUGCGUAUUCCAUAUAAUUGCUGCUGGAAAACCCGACUCACCCUACAAUUGUACGCUGUUGAAUCAAACAUCAGACGGAUUGGAAGUGGAUUGCAACGAAGGUUUCGAUGGUGGUCAACGGCAAUGGUUUCGUAUGGAAAUUAUCGAUCAACAAACUGAUAUUUUGAUAGCGAAUUUGUCAUCGUUGCAACCGACAUUCGUUGUGAGCGGUUUGGAUUCGGAACGUUUGCUCAAAAUAGCUGUGAUGGCCAUCAACUCGAAAGGUGUUAGCGAUCGUGUCAUUUUUGAAGCGCAAACAUUGAAAGCAGCCGAAAAACGAAUGGGCCCCAACGCUCAAUUUGAACUAACGCCCGUUCUAUCGAUUGGCAUAUUUAUCGGUGUAUUAACGGCACUUGUGUGCAUUGCAUUUGGUACAGCACUCGCGCUAAAGCUCCGCACAUCCGAACAGUUGCGCCGACGUCGACUUCAUCAACCGAACGAUUCACAAUUCGAUAAACCGUUUUCAACACGUCCGGGAAAUUUAGCAAUUAAAGAUAAAAUUUCAUUACCGCUCGGUGUUGGUGACUUAGACGAUAUUUACGAUGAUAAAAAUCCAGAUGUCGUUCCGUAUAAUGAAGAUCUUGACUGUAAAUUAAAAUCAGCCGCACAGACUCCAGCUGCAAUGCACAAUAAUUUACACAACAAUGUGCCGGAAAUUCUGGGACGGAAUAACGUUAACAGCUCUCAAAUGUACUAUAAAACGCCAGCUCCUUCGCAUUCUCAAGCGAAUCAAUCGAGUGCAGAUGAAUUACAUUAUGCUGAGUUGGCUAUAUCGCGAAACUGUGCGACUGGCAGUGGCAUAUCAUUGAGUAAUAAGCAAAUAUCAACGACGACGACGAUGGCGAUGGCGACAUCAACAGCAGCAGUGCCAGCAACAGGGAAUUAUGAAAUUAAGUAUACAGACACAAAAAAUACAUUGCCAAAUAAGCCACCGGCAUACGAUUACUUUAAGGAACCCACGGUAUAUGCUCAAAUCGAUCAUUUCAAGACGUUGCAACACAAAUCAAACUCAUCGAUGGCGGCAGCGACAGCGACAGCGGCAUCAUCAUCGAUGACAAACAGUGCAUCAGCGUCAAAUGCUUAUCAAUUACAUCAUCAAAAUGCAACAGCAACCCAUCAGAGUAAUCAAUAUUACCAGCAACAAGCUCAACCUCAUCCGCAAUUACAAUACGGAAGCGAUAGUAGUUACAAUAUGCGGAAUAGCAACAAUAGUGUGGGAAGUGGCAGCGGUGCCGCAUUAAAUAAUAGUGGCAGUAAUGGUACACUUAGCAAUAGUAAUACAUUAACAUUUUCCAAUCAAUCAAUACAAUCGCCAUCAUCAUCGUCGACCGUUUACUAUUCGGGAAAUCCGACGCAAUCACAACAACCUCCACAGUCACUUGCCACCGCUACUAACACCUCGAAACAAUACUCACGAGAAAUUGUCACCAUUCGAACACCAUUGCUCUGUUCGCAACAAGAAAGUUGUGUCUAAAUGGUUUGUGUUUUCUUUUUUUAGAGAUUUUACGCAAAAAUUCAUUCACACAUACACACACCGAAAAUCACAUCAUUAGAAAUAAUUUAAGAAGAUGGAAAAAAACGCAAGUAAAUUGUAUCACUCAUACACACACUUACACAAAGAGAAACACAUUGCAAUUUUUCGAUACCAUAAAAAUUUAGGUGGAAAUUUAAAUUUCCACACAAUCAAUUUACUCUAUCGAUAUUCAAUGUUCUUACUAAAAUAACAUACUCACAAAAUGGAUCAUAGAAGAAAUUAGAUGAUGUGGAAACAAGAACACUCAAUUUUAUUACAUUUUAAAUGGAAAAAUACACACACACAAACACAGACUCACACCAAAUAGUUAAUGUAAAACAAAAACAAGUGAAAUGUAACUCUAAUAUUUUCCAUCAUCCAGCAUUUUAAUCCAACAUACACAUUUUUUGUGACAAAAUAAUGAACAAAGCUCAUGCGAACUAAAAGAGUGAGAAAUGAUAAAAUCAUUUUAGACGUUGUACGAAUGUAACGGUUUUGGUAAACAAUGGAAUUGAUACAAUGAUUUAAAUAGUUUGGGAAGGAGAAAAAAAAACUAGUUUAACAACGGUAAUGAAAAGAAAAAAACUGGACUGAAAAAUCGAUGAAUAAUUUAUGUUUGCGCUAACUGUAUACGACGGUGAUGAGAGUAUAGUUUUGAUUCGGUUUUAUUGUUGAAUACAUUUUGUGGCUUUGAAUCGAAUGAAGCGAUUUUGUUAAAUUUCAAAUGAAAAGCGUAUCCAUUUUUAAUUCAUGUCAAAUGAGCAAUUGAUUUGAUUGUGUCGCAAUUGUGUAGGGUAUUUUUUCUAAUGCAAGAGGAUAUUUUCUAUUUUCUAAUCGAAGACUAUCAAUGGAUUUUUUUUAAUUAAAUUCCAUAUAUUAUUCUGGUGUUUAUCAUCAGUCAGAUUUUAGCGAAUAUAAUGUAGUCAAAUAACAUUAUAGACUUUUUGAGUCUUUACUGCACCGAUUUAUUACUUAUCAUCAAUGCAAUGUCGAUCAAUUUCAAUCGAACAAAUUGCAAUGAAAUAACGAAAACCAACUGCAACAGACAUCAAUUCAUCACAUUAGUUAGUCAAUUUAUGAAAAAUUUUCCUACUCUCUCUGUCCAAAACAACAACAACAUAAAUCAACUAGUAGACAUGUGUAACGCAUCUGUACAUAUAAAUGCAAUUAAACAUUAACAGAAUAAUGUUAGCUAUGUAAGUGAAAACAGUAAACAGAGACAAAAAAAAGAAUACAUUGAAUCACACACCGACAACACACGGAAUGAUGAAAACUUUCAAUAUUCAAUCAAUAAGCGUACCAAAUUGUAAAUUUAUGUGAAGAAAUGAACGAACAGCAAAAUACCAUUUGAAAUGGAAUGAACUGCAUGCAGUCUCUCGGACGAUAUAUAUAUACAUACAAAUUUGAUUAUUAUUGUCGUUAUUAUUUUUGUUAAUCAAAAUUUAAAAAAAACAACAACAAAUAAAUCAAUUUUACUAUUGAAUGUAUAAAAAGCCGAAUAAACAACACAGAAAAUCUUGAAAUAAAUUUUAAUUCAAAA